AUGUCUUUAUAUCAAUAUGGUUUUGUAAGAAAUAAAGAAUCAUCUUCUACUUCAGAAAUAAACAUAAAUGAAGAAAGGUCAGACAGCAUUGAAGAUACAGGAUCUAAGAAAAAAGUGCUUAAAAAUAAAUCAGAUAAUAAACAAUUCCAAUAUUCUUGGCUUACUGAAUUUCAAUG